CUUCCGUUUAAGAUUUCCUGAUCCUUCAUCAAAAGCCAGAAAAGAUAGCCAUAUAAAAAAGACUAUAGGAUCAUACCGGCACCCAGGAACGAUGUGAUUUAUACUUUUAAUUUGGAUAAUUAAUUUAUUUUUGAUUUCCCGGAUGCUGUUUGAGUGGAUUACUUGAGGGUGGAGAGUAUGAAUUCUUUACAAUUAGUGAUUCUGGUUGUCUUGUGUACAGUAUGUGCUGUGUCUUACAGAUGUGGAUCAUUCCCAAAACGAAUGUCCAGUCAAUACAUUUGGAGUACAGUGUCAUGAGUGCCAUUGUAAAACAGCCUGUGAUAGAGAGACCGGGUCCUGCACACGAUGUAUGGAAGGGUGGCACGGACCAAACUGUCAAAUGAAAAAUGUGGGCUUAAAACAGAAAACAAAAGCAAGAAUAUAUGGGAGAAACUAUGGAGAAGAAACAGUUAAUGGAAGAAGAGAUGACUGCACGCUGUUGACUAAUUCUGACGAAGUGAUGAGACUUAGAAUAAUCCUGGAGAAGAACUACAACAUUAAUGGCAUCACUGUGUUUACUAACAGUUCAGUAAAGAGCCGCAGUAAAAUGGAUGGGUUUGAUAUAGUUCUAUCAGAAACUGAGCAUGUUGGUGCAGGCACAGUGUGUUAUACACAGUCGCAGGAAAUCGCUGAAACUGGCCGGAUUGACACCUCUUGUCGGGGAAGGGCUACAACUGUUUUUAUCCGCAAGAAAUAUCCCCCUUACUUUCUCUUCAUCUGUGAGGUUGAAAUUUACGUGUGCCAGAUAGGGUUUUGGGGGACACAGUGUGAGAGGCCGUGUAACUGUGCCAAUGAUGAGGAGUGUAACCCGUACACAGGAGUGUGUCCCAGGGGCUGUCACCUAGGAACCACCUGUAAUUCCCCUCUCGUCGGUGAAUCCCCACUCAUUGCACAAUAUGAUGAGGACCUCUAUGAGGUGACAACUGCUGAGGACCCUGUACUUCUUGCUGCGGAACCUUUACCUCUCGCUGCAGACCCAGCUUAUUCCUCAUCCUCAAAUUCAACUGAAGAAUCAGCAACAACUAGUGACAGUGUAACAACUGAGGAAGAAUCACACAACAAUGAGGAAGAGGAAACAACAACUAGUGCCAGUAGUACAACAACUGAAGAAGAAACAACAACAACUAGUGUCAGUAGUACAACAACUGAAGAAGAAUCAACAACAACUAGUGUCAGUAGUACAACAACUGAAGAAGAAACAACAACUAGUGUCAGUAGUACAACAACUGAAGAAGAAACAACAACAACUAGUGUCAGUAGUACAACAACUGAAGAAGAAACAUCAACAACUAGUGUCAGUAGUACAACAAUUGAAGAAGAAACAACAACAACUAGUGUCAGUAGUACAACAACUGAAGAAGAAACAACAACAACUAGUGCCAGUAGUGUAACAACUGAGGAAGAAACAACAACAGCUAGUGUCAGUAGUACAACUGAAGAAGAAACAACAACAACUAGUGCCAGUAGUGUAACUGAGCAAGAAUCAACAACAACUACCAGUAGUACAACAACUGAAGAAGAAACAACAACAAUAAGUGUCAGUAGUACAACAACUGAAGAAGAAACAACAACAAUUAGUGUCAGUAGUACAACAACUGAAGAAGAAACAACAACAACUAGUGACAGUGUAACAACUGAGGAAGAAACAACAACAACUAGUGUCAGUAGUACAACAACUGAAGAAGAAACAGCAACAACAACAAGUCCCAGUAGUAUAACAACUGAGGAAGAAUCAACAACAACAACUACCAGUAGUACAACAACUGAGGAAGAAAUAACAACAACUAGCUUCAGUGGUUCAACAACUGAGGAAGGAACAACUAGUGUCAGUAGUGUAACAACUGAGCAAGACUCAACAACUAGUGCUAGUAGUACAACAAAUGAGCAAGACUCAACAACUAGUGUCAGUAGUGCAACAACUAGUGCCUAUAGUAUCACAACUGAGGAAGCAUCAACAACAACUAGUGUCAUUAGUGUAACAUCUGAGGAAGAAACAACUUCUGUGAGUGAAAUUACAUCUGCACAAACAUCAACUAGUAGUGAUGAAACAACAAUUGCUAAUGAAGCAACAACCACAGAGGUUUCAACUAGUGUCACAACUGGAGCUGAGAUAUUAACAACAACUGUGAAUGAAUUAACUACUAAUAGUGAAUUAACAACUGUUAAUGAAGCAACAACUACAACUGAAAUCACAACUGGAGAAACAACCACUGCUAAUGAAAUCACAACAGCUACUACAUCUCCUGACACAACAAGUACUGAAAGUGAAACAACAACUGAUAGUGAAAUGACAACUGAGUCGGUAAGUACAAGUAUGUCAACCUCAUCAGCAACCACUGAAAGCAGUACAACUGCAGAAACAACAAGUACUCCCACCAGUGAAACAACUACAACAAGCCUAAAUAUUGGCAUGUCCACAAUGGAAGACACAACUUCUUCUGUUCAAUCUACAGUUACUGAAGACAUUACCUUAAAUGUUACUAGUACAAUAACAACUGCUGAAAGUGUGACUACGUCUGAAAUCCAAAGUACAUCCACAGCUAGUAGUUCCUCUAGUAUGGCCUCCACAGUUGAUGAAACUACAACCACUGUCCAAACCACCACUGAAAAUCCAGUGACAACUUCUGGUAGUACGCCUACCACAACUGGUGAUCAGACAACUUCUACACAAAGUGUAAGUACAACUGCUGAAUCUGGAACAACAUCAGUAAGUCAGGGCACAACUGAAACACAGUCGACACUUUCUGAGGUUCAGUCUACUACUGAAUCUUUAGAUAGUACCACAAGUGAAAUUCAGACUACAUCUGAAAGUCAAAUAACAACAGAAACAACAGGGACUCAAACCAGCACAAGUGACAAUGUGAGCACAGAGAGUGUUAGCACAUCCACUGAAUCUGUGACAACAGCUGGCUUUGAAAGCACGACAUUAACAGAAGGAAAUGAUUCCACGCUAACAACUUCCACGUUCACAACCCAAUCAAGUACAGAACUACUCACAUCUGAUGAAUCUCAGACAGAAGGAAGUUCUACUCUCCCAUCCACAUUCUCAACUGAAUUAUCAAUGACCUCAAGUGAAGGUCAAACCACAGCUUCUACAACUGGAUCAGACUCAACUACUAUGGAAUUAUCAACUUCUUCUUCUACUGUUCAAACAGAGACAUCUAGUGAAUCAACUAGUGAAUCAACAUUUAACCCAACUUCACAAACAACAACCACUGAAACAACAGAACUUGAGACUACUGUAGUAUCAACAACUACAAUGACUCCAGUUACAAGUUCAGGACUGCCAUCUGAAGUUUCUUCAGAAUCAACAGCUUUAACUUCAACUGAAAGCUCAACCAGCUCAUCAGUAUCAACAUCAGUGGAUGAAUUUACUGGAUCAACAUCAACUGUUAUUACAACUGUAGGAGAAUCCUCCACAACCACUGAGGCAACUCAAUCUACUACAUUAUCUGGAUCAACAUCAGAGUCAUUUGAAUCAACAACAGAGCCCUCUGGCUCAACAAUACAGACAACUGAAACAACAACACCAAUGUCUGAGUCAACAACCCAGAUUGCUCCGACUUCUGAAUCAACAGGGCCAUCAACUGAAACAGAGAUCUCCACUGUCUCAACAUCACAAUCAACAACUCCAGUUUCUGAAUCAACAACACAGCCAUUUACAACAACUACUCAAGCUGUAGGGACUUCUGAAUCAACUCUACCAUCAACUGCAACAGAGACCACUGUUUUAACUUUUACUUCGGAAGAGGCUACUGGGACUACAACAACUACUGGGACUACAACAACAGAAAUCUUUCCAGGACUAACAGCCAACCCUACCGUCUCUACAGAACCAACGACACCACAAAUAAACACUACAACUCCUGUAGAAUCAACGACAGUAUUAUCAACUUCUACAGAAUCGACCACAGAGGUAACCUCUGGUGUUACAGAAACCACAGAGUCUCCAACUCCAACACAGACUGUAUCAGUGUCAACUCCAGAGGUUACAACCGUGGAAUCAACGACAGUUACGUCAACUUUUGUCCCAACACAGACUUCCUUUGUCAGCUCCUCAACAACAGUCAUUUUAUCGUCAGACACAUUGCCUGUGAGUUCUCUGGUGGCUAUUGUAGUCCCCUCCCUCCUCUUGUUUUUUAUAAUUCUGGCUGUUCUCUUAUCAGGAUUUUUCAUCCUCAAGAAACGAAAUCGGCAGAAAAUUUCAGAUGAAGAGAUAGCAGGCAAUGAUGUCAUCAUUACUGAUAUGAUGCCAUUGACACCUAUACCUAACGGAACCAAUGGUGUCGUAAAAAAAGAUUUUGAUGAGUCUCUUCCCUAUAAGUAUGAUGAGGACGGGGACUUGGUUUAUGAUGGGCCACCUCAAGGUUACUCUAUUCCGGUCAAGGACAUUCAAGGUCAUGUCAUCAAGCUCCAGGAAGAGAAUCAGUUUGCUAAUGACUACCAGGACUUGCCAGAUGGAAUGUUUCUACCCACAAAAGAUAGCAAACUGGAGGAAAACAUGCCCAAAAAUAGAUACACAAACAUGCUGGCAUACGAUCACUCGCGGGUUAAAUUACGAGGUUUACCUGCAGGACACACCGAUUAUAUCAACGCUAAUUAUAUAGAUGGUUUUAAGAAAAAGAAGGCAUAUAUUGCAACACAAGGUCCUUUGAAGACUACUACAGCAGAUUUUUGGAGUAUGGUCUGGCAAGAAGAUGUCAAAAAAAUUGUCAUGGUAACAAACCUCAAAGAAAAGAAUAGGCUUAAAUGUCACCAGUACUGGCCACAAGAAAAGAAAGCCAUGAACUGCUACGACAAGUUGAGGGUCGUCACAGAUUCUGAAAAUGUGUUCCCUGUAUUUGUAGUCAGGAAAAUCAAGCUCACUGAUAUAAAGACUGAUGAGAGUAGGGUAGUGACUCAGUUCCACUUUACCGCGUGGCCGGAUCACGGCGUUCCCGAUGCCUUCCAGCUUCUACAGUUUUUCCGUAAGGUCACGGGAAACAGCACGGAGUAUGAACCUCGACCCACUGUGGUUCACUGCAGUGCGGGGGUAGGAAGAACGGGUACGUAUAUAGGACUUGACGCCUUGUGGAAACAGGGACGUAAAACUGGCUCUAUUGAUAUCCUCCGCUUCGCCAAAACGAUGAGGAAAAACAGGACAAAGAUGAUCCAGACUCUGGAUCAGUUCACUUUCCUACAUUUCAUUUUAAUGGAGGCUUUUGCUAAUCCUGAUGCAGCAAUAUCAGGAGAAAUGGUUGCCAAAUUCAAAGGAAUUAAAGAUCCUAAAGUAGUCCAAAGAAUUAAUACAGAAUUUGAGAAAUUGAACACGCUGCGACCUGAAUACCAGAUGACAGACUACCAAGAUGCCCUUCAUCCCAAAAAUCAGUCUAAAAAUAGGUCUCAGGAUAAUCUCCCAGUUGAUAAUUACCGAGUUCGUUUAGAAUCUACUUAUGGAGAGGAUGAUUAUAUCAAUGCUGUGAUAUUGCCCACGAGUUGGAACCGGGAAGGAUUCCUGAUCACUCAGUAUCCCCUGCCCUCUACCAUAGCAGACUUCUGGACAAUGGUCUAUAAUUAUGAGUGUUCUUCUAUUGUUCUACUGGAUGAAGAGGACUAUGAGGAGUGUUUCUUCCCAGCUCUGGAGCAGACGUCAGAAUGGGGUCGUCUGGUGCUACAGACGACGGAGGUGUCCGAACCUCAGGACUGUGUGACUGAGCUCACAGUGAACCUCACAAACACGCAAAAUGCCAUUGACAAUGACGAGGAUAUAGAGAACGAGAUGGAGUUGGAGGUUAAAAUAUUCGUGGGCAGCGGUUGGAAGGCGACCAGUGAACUUCCUGAAGCUCAGAAACUGCUGCACUGCUUACAUUACGAAGUUCAGAAGCGCCAGACCCAGCUAGGUGAACAGAAACCUGUGGUCGUCAUAUGCAGGAAUGGAGCUACACAGAGUGGUCUUUACUGUGCUGUGUGUAACAUUCUGGAUGGAAUAGAUUGGUACAAUGAAGUAAACAUUUAUCACAGUGUACGACAGCUUCAGAUACGAAAGCCAGAAAUCAUAAGGUCAAAGACUCAGUACCAGUAUUGUUACCAGGUGGCGCUUAACUACCUGAAUCCCGGUGAUAUUUCUAAUUAUGGUUUAAAAUGA